AUGAGCGGUGCAAAUCCGCAAACGGAGCCUGACGGCGACUCUCGUCCUAAUAAGAAACCUCGCAUAACUCCUAAGGAACUCCCUCCCGCUUUAUACGAAGCCAUUGUACAAGAACCCGAAGAACCCGAAGAACCCUCUUCUUCUAAGCCGGCAGACCGAGAGGUUAUUGAGAAGGUCAGACAAUGCACAAACCCACAGAACAUGUCUGAAGCCGAAGUCGGAGACGCCUUUCGUCGAGCCAUCAGAAUCAUGGCUAUAUACAAUAUAAAACGGGUUGACACCCUAUGCUGCAGCACCAGAGCCGAAGAAAUGGGUUCUGCUGGAGAAUGCGCUGUACUUAUCAAGUACGUUCACAAGCGCGAGCAAACCGUCAAAAGAAUAGAGUACUUCCAGGACCUGGCAUUCGCUGUGACGACACAUUUUAACGUGAAGUCAACUUGGACUUCUAGAAGCAAGUCCAUGGAACGGAAGUUUUACGGCAUCAGACCGAAUGCUAUCGCUGCUGCAAUGACUUAUGCGAUGCUAUUCAACGUUCUCUCCGAGUUGGCGAGAACACAAAAGACCAUAUCUCAAAAGAACAGUUACUGCAAAGGGCAUGCAGAAAACUUGAAGCGCAUGGCUAAAAAAGAGUACCAUGAUGAGCUUCUGCGGCUCGAACAAGCUGAAUAUCAAGGCAGGGUAGAGGCUUUAAAGCCAGUCCAACGCAAAGAACCAGCACAACGCGAAGAACAGGACCAAUGCGAAGAAGAGGACCAAUGCAGGUCUGACCAGAGCGAACUAGUAGAAUUGAACCGAAGAGAGUUUGACGCUAUGAGGCGAGACGAACUGGUUCUUUUUGGUGCGGUCAUUGAUCUCGAUGACAGCGAAGAUGGAAUGCCCGGUCCUCGCCACAAUAUCCGUUACGAGAACAGGAACGGCGUUGAAAUUAUUUCGAUAUCAUCAGACACCGAACCCGAAGAGCUGCAGCAGUCUCCCGAUCGCGAAGGUAUACGUUACGAGAAUAGGGACGGUGUUGACAUAAUCUCCAUACCGUCGGAGGCUGAUUCGGAGCAUCUUUAUGAUCCCCCAAUCGACAUUGAAGACACUAGUGGAGGACUGUCGGAUCCCCUUCCAAAUGAGGCUCCGUUGACUGGAAUUAUGGCCCCUGGCGCCGAGGAUGGCACCCAUCAAGCUGGAUACGACGGUACGCGCAAGUUCAUCCACAUCGAUGACGAAAUCGAUUACAUUCUACAGAGUUGUACUACACGUUCGAACGAUGAACGACAGGCGGCGCUGUUUGCUCAUACAUUUGAACAGCCUGUUGAAAACACCCAGCCAGACAUGGGGCCAGAUACGCAGCAGACCCAGCUGGAGGAAGAGGAAGAGGUCGAAGAGAUGAAGUGGGAGUCGCUACAACAGCUAACUCGGUUCUGCGAGGUAGCCGAGGAUAUUGCGGUGGAGUACAUGAUGCGGAAAGAGAUAUCAACAAAGGAGUCCAAACGCCUAACCGCUAAAUUUGAUAUGAAGGCCUGGACGGAAGGUCAGAAGGACAGCCGUAAAAUUGACGACCGUGUUGUGACUUUAGACGAGGACGAUGCGGAUGAUGAGAGUGAAUCAGCGGAUGCAGAUGAUGAAAAUGAAUCAGCGCAGGAUUGA